AUGUCCAUUGCGAGCACCAGCGCCAGUGGCCGCGGCGGCCACAGCGCCCCUUGGAGCCGGCUGGGGGCCGAGGUGGGGCAGCAUUGGUUCCAGCCUCGAAGGAGGUGGGGAGGCGCAAACGUAUUCAGAUUUCGUUAUGUGUCCCUCCUGGGCCACCUUCUCCAGAUGUGCAUUGAUUGCCGAUUUCUGCCCCCUUGCCCCGCCCGACUGGUUUCGCUGGCGCCCAUCGGGGGCAGACCCCCCAGCCGCGUCCAUCUCGCCCAUGCCGUCGCCCGCAUCCUUGCGGACGGGAUGGCCGCCUGA